CAGAAAGUCAUGCAGCAAUUUGGAAACCAGCUCAUGUCGAGUGGGAGUAAAGAACACCGCAUGGUCGAACGUGUUUUGCAGAGACUCUUGCCGCAUAGCGGACUUGACGGAGAAAAUUGGACAGUACAAGUCAUCGACGACCCCAUGAAAAACGCCUUUGUCAUUCCCGGCGGCAAAGUCUUCGUGUUCCGAGGCAUCCUCGAUGUUUGUCAAGGUGAGGACGGGUUGGCUGCGGUGUUGGGACAUGAAAUCGCACACAACGUUGCACAUCACGCUGCGGAGCGAGCUUCGCAAAGCUGGUGGUUGAUGGUGCUUCCUCUGGUGGGAAUGUUCUUCGGCAUCGAUCCUGGCGCUUUGGGUUCGUUGUCGCAGCUUGCUUUCCAACUUCCCGGAAGUCGAGCACAGGAGCUAGAGGCUGAUUAUAUUGGUUUGUUAAUGAUGGCUGAAGCUUGCUAUGAGCCCCAGGCUGCCAUGGGUCUGUGGGCGAGAAUGGAGGAAGAAGAGAAAAAGGCAGGUGGUGGUGGUGGUGGAGGAGCAGGACAACAAUUGCAAUUCAUGAGUACGCAUCCGAGUAACCAUAACCGGUUAGAGAAGAUUCGGGAAUGGCUACCCAAAGCCGAGGACAAGAGAGUUGAUGGCGGGUGUGAGAAUGUCAGAGGUUAUGUGGGUGGAUUCUCGCAGGCGGCAGAUCUGGAGAAAUUUGGCAUGAGCACGACUUGGAAGUGAAGCAGGACACCGGAAAAUUUAGCCAAAGAAGGAGUUCAUCAUCCCUGCCCAGCUCGAAUGCUGCUGCUAUACAAACACGAAGUGCUCAGCACUCUUUGCUCUCUGCUCUGGCUGACUAGACCCAUCUAUCCAUCUUUCCCGCCGCUCGCCAUUUCUUGCUCGCGAAAUCGUCUGUUCGAAGAGGACUGAAGAACAGUUCUCAGCAGCAGCAGCAGUAGUAGCAGUCCGCGCACACCACAAGAUAAAUUUAGUAGCGUUGGAAAACAGCGCAGCGCAUCCAGCUGGGAAGAGGGCAUCCAGCUAGGUAGGAAACAGAGAGACAGGUACCUAUCUAUACAUGUAACACUAGAAGGAAUUGUACCCUAGGUAGGUAGGU